AAUGAAAUUAAUGAUUUGUGAUGAAGAGCUUAGCCUAUUUGAUUUAAAUAGCAGUGCAACAAUUACAUUUCUUGAGACUCUUUGGAAUAUUUCAAAUUUAUAUAAUCAAAUUCAUUGCUAUGUUGGUCUAUUUAUUUGUGUUUUUGGUUCUUUAGCAAAUGUUGUCCAUAUCUUUGUUUUAAGCAGGCCGGCUAUGCAAAAAUGCGCCGUUAAUAGAUUGCUUUCAAUAAUUGCAAUUUGUGACAUUUGUACAAUGUUUUCCUACACAGUUUUUAUUGUAAGAUUUGGUUUUGCAGUGAAUCCAGAAGAACCUCCCGUUGGAUAUAAUUUUAUUUGGAUUAUUUUUCUUUUGGCCCACGUUGUUUGUAGUAUAGCUCUACAUACAAUUACUUUAUAUUUGUCUGUAGCUACAGCUUUUAUUCGAUAUAAAACUUUAAAACAGAUUGGAUCUCUUUGGAAUCACGAAAAUAUUGCCUUCCCCGUUUUUCUCCUCGUUGCUGCCUUCACAAUUAUUUUGUGUAUUCCAACAUUUUUAAUUCAUUCAAUAAUUCCUGUUGUUGCUAAAAAUGUUAAAAAUGGAGAGAAUAUAACACUUUACACUGUUGGAUUGGCAGAAUUUAAAAGGCUUGAUACUUGUUUUUUCUUUAAAUUAAAUUUGUGGAUGACUGGAAUUAUUUUUAAGGUAAAAAAAUAA